UUAACGAUGUCUCUCUUGUUAAUUUUUAGUAUUUUAAUUUUAAACGUCUCUUUAGUCAUCAGUAAUCAUUGCUACUAUGCAAUUACUGACAUCGAAAACAAAGUUGUGAAAGCAGAUUCGACUCUCGAGACUCGAGCAGCACGUUUGGGCGAACGAAUAAGCCAUAUUGAAGAAGUUUUGGAGAAACUUGAGCUUCAUUCGCCAUCUGGAAAGCAAAUUACGACGGGAAAUCUCUUUGUGAUCGAAAGAAUGCAAACUAUCAAAGGGCGUUACAAAGGAUGUUUCAAAGAUUUGGAAGAAAAUCGCAUGUUUAGAGGCUUUGUGAAGAAAUAUCGUUACAAUUCCGUCGAUAAAUGUGUUGAUACGUGUCUUGACAGCGGAUUCAUGUACGCGGGAAUGUCAUUACAUUAUUGCUAUUGCGGGAAUGCAUUUCCCCAUCCAGAUCUCUUUCCCAAAUCCGAUGAGAAGUAUUGCGAUGCCAAUUGUUUCGGUAAUUCGACCCAAUUUUGCGGAGAUUGGAACAAUAUUUUCAAUUCCGUGUACGAAACGGGCGUUGAAUUGUACACUUUCGACACAUCUGGCAACGAAGUGACAUUUCGUCUCCCGGCGUCGAGUCCAAAGAUACAAUUCAAAGUGCGCGACGAGUGUAGUCACUGCUACGACGACGAUUGAGCUCACAAAUAAAUUCAAUUUUUCAUGUCACUCAAAUGUAGAACACAAAAUGUAACUAAAUACCUUUACAAAUGUAACAAAUCCCCCCUUGGAGAGCAAUUUUUAAUGCUAUCUCAAGUAACGUUCUUCGUUUGUUUGUUUGUGUUUGCUUUCUCAUAUCACAUGUAACAAGAGAGCAUUCCAUGUCGUAAAAAAAAUAGCAAAACGUAAUAAAAUGCUCCGUCUUCGUCGUCGUUGACGUUCUUCCAUAUUUGAUGCGCUUUCACAUUACAUCGGUAUCGCAUGACAUUUUCAGAGCACAGCCGAAUGACAAACACCAAAACCAAUUUGCGCUUCCUUUUAUCACUCACUCAAGUCAUACGGGCGGUUAUCGUGACAUUUUUUCAUGUAACGUAAUUGAAAUUUAUGUUAAAAAUAAAAAU